GAAGUCGUGACUGCUUGCUUGCGCUCGUGACAGUCUCGCCGCGUCACCCGACAUGCAUUGUGCGGAAGGCAAAAAGGUCGUGUGCUACCACGGCAGCUGGUCGGCCUACAGGACCGGCAACGGCAAGUUUGAGAUAGAGUACAUACAGCCCCAACUGGCCACCCACCUCAUCUACAGCUUCGUUGGAAUGACGCCUGAAGGAGAGGUCAGGAUUAUUGAUCCGUGGCUGGAUCUUCCCGAAGGAAAAAACGGAUUUAAGCGUUUCAAUGCUCUCAAAUCGGCCAAGACGAAAACUCUCAUCGCCCUUGGAGGUUGGAAUGAAAGCUCUGCUACGAUCUCAGCUGUAGUGAACGACCCCUCGCUGAGGGCUCAUUUCGUGCAGUGUGCGGUUCAGUUCUUGAGGACUUACGGGUUUGACGGUCUCGACUUGGACUGGGAAUACCCAGGGCACCGCGGCGGUUCCCCGGGAGACAAGGUGGCGUUUGUUGAACUGCUCAAGGAGCUGAGAAGAGAAUUUGAUAAACACGGUUACCUGCUGACGGCUGCAGUGGGUGUUGGUCGUUACCUAGUUGGGACUGCUUACGAUGUACCCCAAUUAUGUAGAUACCUGGACUUCAUCAACUUGAUGGCAUACGACCUUCACGGAUCGUGGGACAACAAGACUGGUCAAAACUCCCCGCUGUACGCCAGCUCUGCUGACAAGACGGAGGCUGAGAGGCAGCUGAACGUGGACUCCAGCGUGCGCUACUGGAUCCAGAAUGGCGCAGACCCCUCAAAACUUGUUCUGGGCAUGGGGACCUACGGGAGGACGUUCACUCUGGCCAGCACCGCCCACACCGGCGUCGGGGCUCCGACAAAUGGACCCGGCACCGCUGGACCGUACACCAAGGAGGCUGGCAUGAUGGGCUACAAUGAGAUCCUGGAAAAACUAAAAUCUGGAGGGUGGAAAGUCACAUGGGAUGAAGAGCAGAAGGUGCCGUAUGCUGUUCACGAAAACCAGUGGGUUGGUUAUGACAACGAAGAGUCCAUCCGGCUGAAGUCGCAGUACGUUCUCGACAUGGGCCUGGCUGGUGGAAUGAUCUGGAGCCUGGAAACAGACGAUUUCAAAGGCCUGAAUAGUUCUACAACCUACCCUCUGCUCAGGACGAUCAACCAAGUCCUUCGGGGUUAGAUGCAUUUAAAAGAACGUCGGUCCGGAUUCUUACUCAAUUUUUGAGACAGGUGUAUGUGCCCGACACUUCAUUAAAUGUAGAAGUCGCUUUCAGACAAUGCCAUUACCAGAUGUACUGGCACCUGUUGAACCAAUAUUUAUCGAUUAAUAUGUUAAUGCUUACUAAUUGUUGCUCAACAUUUUAUAUUGCAUGAUGCGUUGAUAAUUGAGUAUUAAAGCAAUUAUUGGAGCAUUAAAGGAGUGAAAGUGGAUUGUGUUUAAAAAGUAUCUGCGUCUUCAGAAUAGAAGGUGCUUCUGGCGCCGGCAUGCGUAGGAUUUUCCCUCCAUUUUGAUCAGUAUCCGCUGCCAUAAACGUACUGAGACAAUCCGUCUUCCAUUGAUAUUCUUCCUCAACGCGGGACUAGAACUGUGGGCACCUAAGACACUCUGAAACACAUCCCAUGCAUAGAGCAAGGCUUGACACAGAUUUCCUCACUACACUCGUCAGUUGCUAUUUAUUAAAAGACAAAGACAAGUUGCUUGAUUUCUCCAGAUUAAAUAUUACUCAGUUUAUCUAAUGUUCUCGAUCUGGUCAAAGAUGAAAUCAAGGGUGGCUCAUAACAUAGCCAUAAAGUAGUUAGAGCCAAAUGCUUUACGGAUAUACACGGCAUUAUUUUAUUGGUAUUUAUUUUGUCGUGGACCACUGAAUAACGUUUACAGCUAACUGAAAUUUUUUGGCCAUUCAGACUAUGUUCGACUGAAAGGUUGUUAGUGGUAUUAUCAUUGCACUUGUGUUAGUGAAGCUCUCGAUUACGACGUGUCAUCACUGGAAUCACUUACUAAUCCGACAGUCGCUGCAGCAAAAAUGUAGCCAGUUCUCGCCACAAUUAAAGUUCAGGAGAGCCACAGUUUUAUUUAACCAAAUGCGAAUCUGUGCUCUGUUAUUGGAGGGUGGAGCGAACUAUAACGAAAUUCGUAAUUCAAGGAAGCGUAUCACUUAAUUCAGUACACAAUUCAUAGUCCACCACAGAGUAAAAUUCCACCCAAGUUGCACGUGAGCUGUUUCAGAAAAUAAUUCAUAGUUCAAAGGAACUACCUACGCUACAGUUAUAAAGUGCCGACUGCACCGCGAAAUGAUAGUCUACCCACAACAAACAUUAUCAGAAGCUCAGGAUCACGACUCUCGCCUACGAAAAUAUUACAAAAAAAUAAAUAAAUAAAUAAAUAAAU